GCCUAUGCAUUGCCUACUUUGCUUAUCAAUUUAGUUCUCUUGCUUUUGGGUUAUCUGAAACAGUUCAAAAAACUCCAAAACGAUGUCGUGUCAGCCAUGCCUUGUUCCAUCACAACAACUAUAUAAACCCUUCACUAUCAUGAUUCAUAUCUCAUUAACCAAACCAUCACGGAUUAAUAAAGUUACACACUUUACUUGCUUGCCUGCAUGCCUUGUGUUUGUAUAAAUUUCAAAACGAAACUACUGUAUCAAAAUCAAACUUCUCCAUUGCCUCUUCUUUCUUUCUUUCUUUCUUUCCCAUAUAUAUAACAUAAAAAAGCUCAAAACUUUAUGAAGGAAAUCAUGGCUUCAUCACUUGUAUCCUCCUCUUACUUAAAUGGGUCUUUUCUAGUUCCAUCAAUUAGGCCUCAGAUUCUCACUCAAAGGACACUAAGUCAACACUUUUCUCAUUCAAGAGUCAAACCCAACAAAGCUCCAAACUUCUGUCCUAAGGCUACAACUCUGAGAAGGAAUUUAGAAGCAACCAGAGUGCCAAUUUCUGUCCCAGUUAGAGUUGCUCAUGAGCUUUUACAAGCUGGCCACCGCUACUUAGAUGUUAGGACUCCUGAAGAAUUCAGUGCUGGACAUGCCCCUGGUGCUGUUAACAUCCCUUACAUGUACAGAGUUGGUUCAGGGAUGACAAGGAACCCUCACUUUGUAGCAGAAGUAUCAUCACAUUUCAGAAAGCAAGAUGAAAUCAUUGUUGGAUGUCAAAGUGGAAAAAGGUCUAUGAUGGCUGCAACUGAUCUUUUAGCUUCUGGCUAUACUUACAUUACUGACAUAGCUGGUGGAUUUGCUACUUGGUCUCAUAAUUCACUCCCAAUGGAAUAGUUGAAGUAGUUUGAAGAAGUAAUAAUAAUAUUAAUAAUAACUUUAUAAUGGAAGAAGAUGAGUGUGUUGGAAUGGGGUUGUUGUUACAUAAAUUGUAUUUAAAUGUGGGUAAUUAUGAAAAGGAAAAAGGGUAUAUAAAUGGUGCAUUUACAAAAAUGAAAACUUGCCAAACUUUGUAAAAAAAAAUUCUAUUACAAAUGACUCAUUACCAAUAAUAAAUAUUUGUUUUCAAUGUA